AUGAGCAACGUUCAAAACCCUACCUACUUCCUUUCUCCCAACUGGAAUUUCCCUCCCGGCGGGAGGAUCGCCAUCGGAAACAUCAUUAGGAAUCCUCUGAAGCCUCACCUGUUCCUGACAAAGGCGACCAAUCGUCCCCAGCCUACGACAUCAUCCCUCGAAAGACAUUGGCGCCUCUCUCUCGAGACUGCCACUACCAGGACCCUCACCCUUUGGGGGGCUUUUCUAGAGAAGAUUCACCUUGGCACUACUGCUCAGCAGGAUCGCCUUAAGAACGGCAGGUUCACGAUGGAGUCUCUAGAAACCAUCUAUCUCUCCGAGGACCCGUCUCCCGAAGAGAUCAAAGCCCGUUGCAACGAUCCUCUCGUGCGAGAGUACAUGCGCCUUGAUAGUCUUCUCUGCAGCCCCGUGUACAUGGUAACGGGUAUCAAGGUCGCCAAAGGGUUCAAGCUAGAGGGUGAAAAAAGCUCUUCUGCUUCCAUCGGAUUUGAGGGUGGAGGAGAGGUUAGUCAAGAGGCGGGCAUUGGCAUCAAAGCCAAUGCCGCUACAACGAAGAGGGAGAGGAUCACGGAUGAGUUUGAGUCGGAUAGUGACAUCGUUUUUGCGUAUCAGUUGAUGAAAAUUACACCAAAGGGGUGGAGGAAGGAGAAAAGGCUCAAAACGAGCGAGUAUCAGCACAGACAGGCGUUCCUUCAAGAUGAAAAAGAGGCCGAAGAGGAGGAGGUUGAGGUGGAGAUUGGGGAGGUUUCCCCAGAUGAUAUGGAAGGACUGAAAGGGGUCCAGGUGCUGGAUUCUGUAGAGGGUCGGGUGGCAUUUGUAUGA